GCGCAUGCGCGUUUAACUAUUAUAUGGAAUGAAAACGCUGGUUGAUUCGCUCGUCCACUAAAUCAAAGAAAAAAGUUGCUGCAGUUAGUGUUCAAGGGUUAUUGGCAAAAUAUUUACAAUGGCAACACAAGUUGGUAAUUAUAAAUUGGGCAAACUCUUAAUAGAGGGCAAAACCAAGCAGGUCUAUGACUUACCUUCCUCAUCUGAACACUGCAUUUUACUGAGCAAAGAUAGAAUCACUGCUGGAGAUGGUGUUAAAGCUCAUGAUUUAGCUGGAAAAUCUGUGGUUUCCAAUAAAACUACAAGCAAGGUCUUUGAAAUCUUAAAUUCUGUUGGUGUUAAGACAUCCUUUGUAAAGGUAGCAGCCGAAAAUGCUUUUGUUUCAAAAAAAUGCGAGAUGAUUCCAAUUGAAUGGGUCACCCGUAGAUUGGCAACAGGUUCAUUUUUGAAAAGGCACCCAGGAGUUGAAGAAGGUUAUCGCUUCUGUCCACCAAAACAUGAGACUUUCUUCAAAGAUGAUGCAAACCAUGACCCCCAAUGGUCCCAGGAGCAAAUUAUCUCUGCUAAGUUCAGGGUCAAUGGGCUGUUGAUUGGAACUACAGAAGUAGACAUUAUGACAAGAACCUCAAUCCUUGUUUUUGAAGUAUUGGAAAAAGUGUGGGCCACUAGGAACUGUGCCUUAAUUGACAUGAAAAUCGAAUUUGGAGUGGAUAGCAAUGGUGAAAUCCUUGUUGCUGAUGUGAUCGACUCUGACAGUUGGAGAUUAUGGCCUGCAGGCGACAAAAGACUUAUGGUCGACAAACAAGUCUAUCGCAAUCUCACCAGCGUAACUAGCAAGGACUUGGACACUGUCAAACGUAACUUUGAAUGGGUUGUAGAUCAACUUGACCAUUUAAUACCCCCAAAUGACAAUUUGGUUGUCAUUUUAAUGGGCAGCCCUUCUGAUAAGGAACACUGCAAAACCAUUCAAAAACACUGUGAAGCCCUUGGUUUAAACACUGAAUUGAGAGUUACUUCUGCGCAUAAAGGCACAGAAGAAACCCUUAAAAUCGUAAGAUACUACGAAUCUCUUCCAGCUAAGGUAGUCUUCAUCGCUGUUGCCGGAAGGUCAAAUGGUUUGGGUCCUGUUAUUUCUGGCAACUCACCUCUGCCUGUCAUCAACUGUCCACCUGUCACAAACGACAAUGUCAACAAAGACAUCUGGUCCAGUUUAAAUGUUCCAUCAGGUUUGGGAUGCAGCACUGUGGUCUACCCUGAAGCUGCUGCGCUCAAUGCUGCGCAAAUAAUUGGCUUGUCCAAUUACAUUGUUUGGAGCAGGCUUAGAGUUAAACAGUUGAACAACUAUGUUGUAUUGGCUAAUGCAGACAAACAAUUGAGGAAUAGCCACUAAAUUUAAUCUCGUGUUUUGUAAAAUAUUUUUUAAGUAUUGUUAUUGUUAAAUCAAUAAAAUUGAUAUUUUUUGUUUAAA